CUUCUCUACCCUUCCUACCAUUUUGUUUCUUAGUUUGUUUGCUUGUUCCUUUUUUGCUAAGAGAGUGUCUGUGUGUUUGUUUGGUUUCUGUCAUUACUUCUUUUGUACUGUUUGUGGGUCUCUUCCUUGUUUUGCAGUCUGGCAAUAAUAUAUAGGACACCAUUUUGUUUUUGUUGUUGCUGUUGUUGUUUCUUCAAGUCAUAUCAUGUUAUCCCAUGUAGUCGUGUUUUCUUUUACCUGAUACUUCCACUGAAAGAUGUUUUCUUUCCACGGUUUCUGGGUUCCUUUCUCGAGUGAGACUUGAGAAGAGGCUCAAUUUUGAGGUCCUCUGUCCAAUUUUUUCUGGGUGAUAAAGAAGUGAGAAAAUGAGGGUGUUGCUUGUGGUGGACCUGGUGGUGGUGGUGGUGAUUUGGACAUUGUCGGUUCAUGGGUUCUCAGUUCUCGGAUCUGCAGCAAGAGUUGCAGGAUCAUCUGGUAGGUUGCCUCGCCAAGGGAAUGCAGUCCCACCGGGCCGACAUCAUUCGAUUCAAUCAGCUUCUGAUCCUAAACAUGGAAACCAGGGUUCUGUUCCUCCUCCAUCUAAAGUAUCCCACACUGCAUUUUCCAUGUACAGAACACCCAGUGGGAAAGUUGCUCACUCACACACUUCAAUCCGGCCUCCGAGUAUAGCUAUUCCUCCUUCAUUGGUACAUUCUCCUUCCUCAGUCAGAAUGCACAGAAACAAUGAUAAAGGGGACCAAUUUAUCAGUCCCAAACCAUCUGUCUCCAUUCCUCCUUACUCUCAUAGUCACAUCUCUCCAUUAUCAUCACCCUCAUCAAUGAGCACAGACUCUGUACCACCUGCAUUAGCCCCAAUGAACCCAGCAGCUGACCACUUUAACAUGCAUGUUUAUUCUCCUGCCACUUCCCCUUCCGGCUCUUUCUUGAAGAAGAUGAAGUCACCACCACCACCACCUACACCAAAGAUCUUUGCUCUGCCACCUCCACCUCCUAAUGAGGGUAAUGAUUUUCCUGCAACUAUUGAUUUAUUCAUGACAAUUUGCCAUGCUAAGCGCAAAGAACCCAGGGAGUUUCACUAU